AUGUCCUACAGAUCAACUAGAUCAUCUACUGAUCAAAAUAUCUCCUUUGAAGAUGCCGUAAUGACAGGGUUAGCUAAGGAUGGAGGUCUUUUCAUUCCUUCCCAAAUUCCAAAGUUACCAAAAGACUUCCUCACCUCAUGGAAGAACUUAUCUUUCCAAGAAUUAGCUUUCAAUAUCAUGAGAUUAUAUAUCAACGAAAGUGAAAUCAAUGAUGAUGAUUUGACUACUUUGAUCACCAAAUCUUACUCCACCUUCAGAUCUGAUGAUGUUACCCCGGUCAAAUCCUUGGAUAAGGACAAUAACUUAUACUUAUUGGAACUUUUCCAUGGUCCUACCUAUGCUUUCAAAGAUGUAGCCUUACAAUUUGUGGGUAAUUUAUUCGAAUAUUUCCUUACCAGACGUAAUGAAGGUAAAACCACCGACAGAGGAACCAUUACUGUGGUUGGAGCUACCAGUGGUGAUACUGGUUCAGCUGCUAUUUAUGGAUUAAGAGGUAAGAAAGAUGUUGAUGUGUUCAUUUUAUAUCCAACAGGUAGAAUUUCACCUAUCCAAGAAGAACAAAUGACAACUGUUGAAGAUGCCAAUGUUCACACUUUAUCAGUUAAAGGUACCUUUGAUGAUUGUCAAGAUAUAGUUAAAGAGAUUUUUGGUGAUAAAGAAUUCAAUGAGAAAUAUCAUGUUGGUGCUGUCAAUUCUAUCAAUUGGGCCAGAAUCUUAGCACAAAUGACUUAUUAUUUCUAUUCUUUCUUCCAAGUUGAAGGUGAAAACAUCAAUUUUGUCGUUCCUUCGGGGAAUUUCGGCGAUAUCUUAGCAGGUUAUUAUGCUAAAGAAAUGGGUUUACCUAUCAACAAAUUAAUCAUUGCUACUAAUGAAAAUGAUAUCUUAGAUAGAUUCUUGAGAACUGGACGUUAUGAAAAGUCAGCUGACGUUAAAGCCACUUAUUCCCCAGCUAUGGAUAUCUUGAUUUCUUCAAAUUUCGAACGUUUAUUAUGGUAUUUAGUUAGAAAUAACGUCACUCAUGAUGAUAAUAAAGCCGGUCAAACUUUAGGUGAUUGGAUGGUUCAAUUAAAAUCAACAGGUUGUGUGGUUGCACCUCAAGAAGUUAUCGAUGCUGCUAAAGUUGAUUUUGAUUCCUUCUCAGUUACUGAUGAACAAACUUCUCAACAAAUCAAACAAACUUAUACCAAUCAUCCUGACCAUUAUGUGUUGGAUCCUCAUACAGCUGUUGGUAUCUUCACUUCUUAUAAAUUCAUUUCAUCAUCACCAAAAGAUUUAUAUAUCUCAUUAUCAACAGCUCAUCCAGCUAAAUUCGCUGAAGUUGUUAAUAAGGCUUUAGAUGGUAUUGAAGGUUAUUCUUUUGAAGGGAAGGUAUUGCCUGAUGAGUUGAAAGCUUUAGCUACUAAGCCUAAGAGAAUAAAUUUAAUUGAUGAAGCUUCGUUGGUGAAAGUUAAAGCUAAGAUCAUUGAUUUAUUGGAUAAUUAA